CACAGGCUCGGCCGCCAUGAAGGUGAAGAUUAAGUGCUGGAACGGUGUGGCCACUUGGCUCUGGGUAGCCAAUGAUGAGAACUGCGGUAUCUGCAGGAUGGCAUUUAAUGGCUGCUGUCCAGACUGUAAGGUGCCUGGGGACGACUGCCCUCUGGUGUGGGGGCAGUGUUCGCACUGCUUUCACAUGCACUGCAUCCUCAAGUGGCUGAAUGCGCAGCAGGUGCAGCAGCACUGCCCCAUGUGUCGCCAAGAGUGGAAGUUCAAGGAGUGAGGCCUGU